ACAGAUUUCUAUAUGCCAAAUUUAAAAAAGAGUCGACCGUUCUCUUCAAACGUUUAUAUUUUUCUAUUGUAACUGUUUAUAUCAAUUGCAUCAAGAAACAUCUUAAUAGAUUAAUUAUAUUGCUUUUGGAUUCUAAAAAAAAUACUUAUUAAUAAUGGCUGAAUCUCUGUUUGAUAUAUUUGGUGAUCACUUAACAAGGCAGACUAUGAAAAAUGUUUCGCGCCAACCUAUAGCAAACAUUGAAAAUAUGGGGAAGACUGUAUCAAUCGGUCCGAUUAAACCAAAUGAGCCUUUAAAAAAAGGAGACGCAAAGAAGUCAUUUCUUUCAAAUGCUGGUAAAGCUCUUCAAAGCACUCCAGCAAGGAAAGCAUUUACACCACGAGCUGUGAAUGUGGGUUCUCUCAUAUACAAUGAUACCAGAGCAGAAACUAAAAAUAAAGAAUGGAAUACUGAAGAGUUGGAGUUUACAAAACCUUCAAAGAAAUAUGAUUCUUACCCUAGGGAUCUAUUUGGUUAUCUUCAAGUACCAGAACCACCGAUUCUGAGGCAGUUCUCCCCACCCACCACUCCACCACCAACCAUAGCUCAGCAUAAUGUUGAAUUUGAUUGUUCUUAUGAGGACGAGUUCUUUAAAGAUGAGUUUUCAAAUGACAGCAUCCCGAAUGAAGAUCUUGGUCUCCCUGAUUUAUAUUAAAAAGAGUUCAACUCAUUUAUCCAUUGUCUAAAAUCUAAUUUAUGUACUUUAUAUUGACUUUAUCAAUUUUCUGUAAUUAUUGGAUAAAAAAAAUAUAAACACACAUUUUAGA